AUGCAUGCCACGAUCAACGAUCCUCCUCCUCCUCCUCCUGCGACAGACCUCGCGCCGUCCGCCAGCGUGUCCGUAACAUCCGCGUCUCCUCCGCCCUCAGCGGUCUCAGCUUCCCCAAAUGACCCCGGUCCGUCUCCUCUUCGCCGCCUAAAGUCCAAGUCCUCCCUGUGGAGUCUCGGCAGCAGUAAUCACAGUGCCCAAGAAGACGAUUCAAGCCCAGCCGAUCCGUUCAGCGCCGACAAGGCCACCGGGAAGCCGGGUAUCUUCCGUCGGCUGUCGCCCGCCCUCGCGGCUCGCGUGAAGCUGCUCGACAGUACAGCCAAGGUGACCAGCGCACCUCGAGAUCCCAAAAACGUCGGUCGCAUCCCGGAAGAGCAGCUGAAGGUGUUGGAUAGCCAGCACAAGGACCUAUCGAUCAGGAUCGAGAAGCGUGGGCAAGCCUGGUCGGGACCUCUGCCGCUUUCGCCAAGCCAACAAGCCCAAAACACCACGCGAAGCGCGUCGACUACGCUGGACGUACCCCGUAUGAACCUUGAGGCCGUGAUUGACGCGCAGUCUCAGGGGCUCGACUACACGCAAGCCAUUGUUGAUGAUCAUUCCCCCGACGGUUGCACUGAUCACCCUGCAAGUGGCUCGCUGCCUGUUUACGACACCUCCAGCGCUCCUCCAUUAGACUUGGCGUCCAUGUCUAUUGCUGAUACAGAGCCUGCGCCUGCGCACCUGAUUAUGGAGAAAGUACCAGAGACCGAGACCCAGCCUGAUUCCCAACAUCGUAUCCCCUCUUCCGAACCUUCACUUCCAACCGAGACGGCACCAGAUACGCGCACCGAUUUCGAGAAAUACGUUGACGACACCAAACGAAGCGAGGAGCGGUCAGAGGAGCAGGCUCCUCCGCCACUGCCAAAGGACUCACCGCCGGUCGACGUCCCGGUCAGCGCCCCAGAGGAGCAGUCUUACUUCAAUCCAAUGGGCUUGCAGCGCGCCGAGUCAAUAUACUCCUUUUCGCGCGCUUCAUUCAGUAAUCAGUUGUCACAGCUGACGUCGAUACCUCUGCCACAGCCUGGUGCUCUACAAACCAGCAUCGAGAAUAUCCCAACAGCGCUAGCUGCAGUCCGAGCCCUGAAUGGCGCUGCGGAGCAAAUUCAAAUAUGGAUCAGGAAAGCUUCCGAUGUGCUCAGCGGGCUGGAUGCCGAGGACGAUGUGGAGUGGGCGGCUGCUGGUGGACGAGAAGGUCUGGACGGAGUAGACAAGGCCAUCACUCGGUUCGAGUCCUUGGUCAACGUCUACGUGAAAGCGAUUGAGAACGUGCAACUUCGCGAUGAUAUUGUCAACGUGGGUCCAGAGAGUCUCACGACCAUUGUCAGCCAGAUGGAGAGUAUAUUGCAGAAUUGGGCGGAGAUCAAAACCAAAUUGCGUGGUGUCAAGGAGCAAGUGGAGCUCGCUAUGGAAUGGGAGGAGCUUUGGUCCAAUGUUCUUGGAGAUGUGGGUAUGGAGAUUGAAAACCUCAGUGGCAUGAUCUUCGAGAUGGAGGAGAAACGACACCAGGCUCUGUUGGAUCCAGGCGAUUCUGCAAGCGGACUGGAUAUCAACGAACUUGAGACUAUCGUGGAGGAAUCUCCAACCAAAGGCCGAUCUCCUGCCACUAAUCGUUUGACCAUGCUCGCGGCCGCGUCCGGUACGCCGAUUAUCAAAACACCCCAAGACGAUUCCAGCUACUCGAAUCUGAUGGCUCUGUUUGCGCGUAUGCAACCGCUGCGCGCCUCGUUGGACUUCUUGCCGAUGCGACUUUCCAUGUUCGAAGCCCGCGCCGAAAGAGUCUUUCCCAGUGCCUGUGAGGAACUCGACGACAGGCGAACUCAUUUGGAGAAGAGCUACAAGGUUCUGGAAGCGGAUGCGGAAGCUCUGCGGAAAGAGCUGGGCGAGGAUAAAUGGAUCAUCGUGUUUCGGAACGCAGGCAGCCAGGCUCUGAAGAUGUUUGAAUCGGUGGAGAGGAGUAUCGCGAAACUGCAAGAGGGCCUGGAAUCUAACAUGCACUUGCACAACCCGAGCAACAUGACCAAGAGGAUCGAAAAUUACGAGGCCAAGAAGAUGCACUAUGUUCCCGCUAUCGAGCGAGUCAUUCUCAUCAUUCAGAAGGGAGUCAACGACCGCUUGACCGUGAACGGUGAAGUACUGCGUUUGCUCUCGGAUAUGACGUCGCGGACGGAUGCUCUCAAGGCAAGCAUUCGGUUUAUGGAUGAAUCUCUUGAGGAUGUUCAUAUCGUCAAGGCGCAUCAAUUACGCGAUUCUAUCUCCAGCAUCGUCACCAUGGACAGCCCAGCGACUGGAAGUGUCGUCGAUACGCCGGGUAGCUCACCGGCUUCGUCAGUGGUCAUGAGUGGUAGCGGGUAUAAGACACCCCUGGGCAGCUCCAGUCGGCGUGAGAGCACGGCUAGCAACGCCACGACUCUAUCCGCCAUGGCCAAAGUCCGACGUCUCUCUAGUCUGCCUCAAGUGAAUGCCCCAGUGACAGGGCGAAAAUCCUCUAUCCCCAAACCUAUGCCUCCGGUGACACCCACUCCAACAAAUCGCAGGACUUCACAGAUCCCUCAACCAUCUACGAUACCCAAACGCCCUCGCUGGACUACAAGCACAAAUCUGAAUGAUCUCUACUCCAAUAGUGGGACGUCGGCGAGGAAAACCCCGCUACCCAGCCGGCCAUCAUCGACAGCGCCCAUCCGACGAGAUCUGUCUGUAUCGCCCAUCCCUUCGGCUGGACGUGCUCUCAGUCGCGUCUCGAACCGCCACGCCUCAUCCAGUCCGGUUCGAAAUGUUUCGUCACCGGCCCCUACCCACAAUUCUUUGCUGGACCCUCCCCCAUAUAGUCGCCUUCGGCGUCCGUCGGGGCUCUCGGCCACUCCUCGUAGCCGACAGAGCUUCGCUGGCGUGACGCAGUCUUUCAGUCGCAGUGUCUCGUCCCAAAGGUAUGGACAAAAUCCGGAACCGCAAACGAGCCCCAGCAAGCCAUCCCGUCCGGGCACGGCUCUAGGACACUCUAGCAAUCGACGAACGAGCCUUCUUCCCAUGCCGAAACGGCCUGACAAGGACCGAGCCGUGUCUCAGAGUAAAUUGCCUACUCGCCCACAUUGGAGGCCUUGA